AUGGAGUGCCAGCAUCUCCUCUUCAUAAAUACUUGUACAGUGGACUUCUACAAUAACGCUCUGGGCAGUAUCCUGGAUGUCCUGGAUGAGCCUGUCAGAGCCAGGAUGGUCACUUUCUCCUGGUCUGCCCUUUGGUUCACCAGCAAGCUGCAGAGAAUGAAGGCAGCUGGACGUGUCUCUGAGCGACGACACAAAUCUAGUGGUCUCACUGUUCACAGACUGGCUACCAAAAACACUAGAGGGCCUACUCAAAGUCCAUCAAAGAGGCACGGUCACGGUUCUUCUCUAUCAUCAUCCAAAAACAUCCUGGAAAUUCCAAGCAGCUUUUUUUCACCAUCCAUCACCUUCUCAAACCUCAGACCUCCUCACUCACAGGAAUAA